UGGCGGAUCCUUGCUGCUUACAGAAGUCAGAGGAGGUGUCAUACUGUCCGACGGAGAGCGGGCAGGCGGAAGUCCAUACAAGCGACUGCUGCUUUCCGAAGAGUGGUCUCAGUCGGCCGCUCUGGGUUCCCCGGGAGCGCAUGCGCAAGGCGAGCGGUGCAGACCGGCCUUGAUUGGCCUCACCCGCCAAGGUGCAACGGGCCUGUGUGGCGUGUGGUCUCGAUCGCAGAGGGUGGCAGCGAGGACCGCGUGCUCUAUAAUGAGCACGCCUGCAAGUGCCAGUGUGCCACGCACCGUUUUAGGCCCUGGGCAAACAACAAAGAACAAGACCCUUGUCUCGUGGAGUGGACGUCUUGUUGGGGUCGGGAAGUGGAGUGCCGAGAAUUUCAAGAUCAUGGAGUUGGACUGAAUGCUGCACAGUUCAAACAUCUGCUAAUUUCAGCCCUGAAAGACCUGUUUGGAGAGGUUGAUGCUGCCUUACCCUUGGACAUCCUAACCUAUGAAGAGAAGACUUUGUCAGCCAUCUUGAGAAUAUAUAGCAGUGGUCUUGUCAAAUUGUGGAGCUCUUUGACCCUAUUAGGAUCCUACAAAGGCAAAAAAUGUGCUUUCAGAGUGAUUCAGGUUUCUCCAUUUCUCCUUGCAUUAUCUGGUAAUAGUAGGGAACUAGUAUUGGACUGAAUAGCCUGCAAUUUCAGAAAUAUUUCUUCACUCUAAAAAAUAUUUUUUGGUCCCUGCAUGAUGUUUGAAGACUGAAGCAGGGUAAAAGCCUCUGUUCAUGAAAUUCAAGGGUGCUGAAAAAUGUUCCCAAUAAUUGCCAUUCAUCGUCUUUGGUGGGCUGGGCUUCGGAGGAGAGUCUGCCUGAACCAGCCAGUGCUGAACAGGCAGCCUUGUCAGCGUAUGCGCGUCAAAGUUGGAGACCGGGCUGAACUUAGCAGGGCCUUCACACACAGGGAUGUGGCUACCUUCUCAGAGUUAACAGGCGAUGUCAAUCCUUUGCAUUUAAAUGAAGAUUUUGCAAAACACACCAAGUUUGGAAAGACAAUUGUACAUGGGGUUUUGAUCAAUGGACUUAUCUCAGCUCUCCUUGGUACUGAAAUGCCAGGACCAGGCUGUGUCUUUCUUUCUCAGGAAAUUAACUUUCCAGCCCCUUUGUAUAUUGGAGAAGUUGUUUUAGCUUCUGCAGAAGUGAAAAAACUUAAGCGGUUCAUUGCUGUUAUUGAAGUGUCAUGUUCUGUAAUAGAAAGUAGAAAGACUGUUAUGGAAGGCUGGGUUAAAGUUAUGGUCCCAGAAAUUCCCAAAUCCUGAAGAUGUGUUUAAAGAUGUAAGUUCAUACACCAAAUGCCAUUGUUAUUAAAGAGUGGCUGGGGAAUUGGGGAUUACUACUCUUCACCAAAGAAUGGCUAUCUGUCCAGAAACUGGUAUUAGGGAAAGGGAGCAGAGACGGAGUGUUCACAUGUCCACUCUCCAGUGUGGCCUUAUGUUUCACUCAGACUUGAGUGUAUGCAAGAUUUCAUCAUUUGUCUAGAUUUUUAUUUUGUAUAAUUAUUAGGGCAUAUGUAUUAUUUUCUUUAAAAAUUUCAGAUUAAGGGUAUAUAUGAUUAGGUUACAUUGUGUUUGUUGGGUAGUAUCUAGGUUUUUUAAAUUGAAGAAGUAUUGAGGUUAUCUAAAGGCUCUACUUUUGGUUCACUUCUGUGGUUCAUCUUACAAGGAUACAAGUGAAUCUUU